AUGCCAACUAUGCAAUACCGAGCGAUAUCGCCUAGAAGAGGAGGUGCCUGGACUAAAGUUGUCAUAUUUGUCUCCCUAUACAUCUUAUUGCUCCAAUCCCUCAUUGAAUGGGUCGUCGUGCUUUACCUCUAUGGUAACAAGCAGGUAGACUCGAAGAUGGCGCCGAGUUUGAUAUUCGCCCUCAUAGCGUCGUCGUUCACGAUGCCCCUUGUGAUAUUACACAGCUUUCUUGCAUGGCAGUAUAACAAGGUACUCAAUUACUCAAGCCAUAAACCUAUGUUACACACCGCGUGCACAUAUAUCUUGCGUUUGACAACCAUAGUCUGGCUGGGAGCCAGCGUGGCGGGCUUAGUUGUGGUCUCACAGCAAGCGUACUGUCUUCCUGAUGGGAACACUGGUAGCUUCUGGAAUGUUGGCGUCAGCUGUGCCCUCCAUCGGGCGGUUGUUAUCAUUUCUGUUUUAUCCUUUAUCACUGUUUGCCUUUACUUCUGCUCAAGGGAGCUUUGUGAGCGCCCAUACGACGUAUCCCUGCUUGGUGUAUAUAGCCACCAGCCCUCUAGUCGUGACGGCAGCAUCUUUUCGGCAUCUACUCUAUACAGCGAGAAGGGUCUAAAGGGCGACACUCUCUGUGUCUGUCGACACCCAGAUAUUACGUAUGGCCAGGGUCCAUAUAUUACACCAAGCGAUGACAGCGGUGAUUCGAAAAGUAUGCCUAGCAUUCGGCAGCCUGCUCCAAUACGCCCAACGUCAUCUUUGCGAUUUAGCCCAGACCCAGAAGCAGAAGCAGUAUUCCUGUCAAAAACAACCGUCGCCCCUGGCACGCAGUCAGAGUUGCAGCCCAGUAUUUCUCGAACGCCAUCAACCGCAACGGCACAUGACACAUACCAGUCUCAAGAGCAAGCCAUCCCUGAACUACCAGAUGCAACUCUGCAGUCGCAAUCAGCCCAUACAAGAAACCAAUCAUCCCUGUCAUCUCUUCGCCGAUUCCUCCCCAGAACCUUACCGGUUUCCGUUCCCUUGUCAUCCGAUCCUCAAAUCCGUGCACUUGCUGAGGCAACCACGCACAUCGACCACACGAAGCAGGAGCUCCAGAAAGAAGAGCCAAUUUCCAGACAGCCUGAUGCUCUGGAAACACACACAGAGCCACCAGCACUGCCUUCCAAAGAAGACACUCAACUUCAAACUACUCAGGACUGCGAGCCUAGCACAUCCAAAUCACUCCCGAGAUCAACGACCAUGAACUCCGCAGAGGCCCCCGAGGUUAUUUCACCUGCUUCUGCUCCUGAUCAUAAUUCCCUCACCAACCGCAGAUCAAAUACAACACGGGCAACCUCCCUUCCUCUUAAUAUGAAUCCCAAUUCAAAUCCCCACCCAAGUUCUUGGUCCACACUUCUCGGACCUUCCCAACACAGCCUACCACGGACGAACAGCAGCACAGUGCACAUCCCGCGCCGACAUGGCCAAAACCUAAGCCAGGACCAGUUCGGAGCUCCACAUAUCCCACGCUAUACGCAAAGCCAGCGCUUUCCGGGCCCCAGAGGCCAUAACCGGUACAGCCGACAGCUCCGCAGGAACGCUUCAGACGUUCAGUAUCAAUAUCAAUACCGGUAUCAACAACAGGGCUUCCGCCGACCACGCAGUUCGACGUUCGGAAAUAUGAGCAUUGCUUCCGUGCCGGGGCGUUUGGAUUGUAUACGGGAAACGGGGGCGUCUAUCGAUGAGUUGCCGAUGGACAAUAGUAGGGGACCUGGUAAGACACAGGGUUAUUGA